CACCAUUUAAACAAAUGUCGACCGAGCAAGAAUUUCAAAGUAUGAAUCCUCCCCUUUUUCUCUCUCUUCUCUCAGCACAAAGCACAAAAUUAAAACUAUGAACAAAAACUUGACAUAUGCGAAUUUAUAGAACAAUUAAAAGCAUGCCGUGACAUGGCCGAGACGUACCUGGCCGAUUUAAAAACUGAUCGGUCCGUCGACGAUCCAGAAUUCGACACCAAAGACAUGCAAGAGAAAAUCAGCAAACUCGGCAAAGUGCUUUCACACGACGCCACGAAAUUGACGUUGGCAUGUAAAUCACCACGCAAACCAGCAGACGGUAUCAAAAUGAUUACCGAAAUAAGCAACACGUUCUUUCGACUUGUCGGCUUUUACAACACGAUUCCAAAACAAGCAGGCAAAACCUACAAGGAAGCAUUCCGCGCAGCCGUGCGCGAUACGUUGCUUGGUCAGAUCGCCCUGUGCAACAGCUUUAGUGACGAACCCAAAAAGGAGUUUAUGGUUCCAACCGCAGUUUUGUGGGAAACGUGUAAAAUGAUGGAGACACAGAUGCCGGUGGAUAACCGAGCCGCUGUAUUGAAGCAGUGGAAAACCAUGCAAGAGACGUUGGCGGAUGCAAAAUCGGAAGUACAUGAUGUGGCUGACGGAGACGCAGGAGGAUUUGACGAUGAUGAGGAUGAAGAGAUGAGCCCGGAACAGAUUGCUGUUGCAAAGCAGUGUGCCCAGUUGGUGGACCUGGUCGUCUUUAUCUAUGUCAAGAUCGAACGGCGGUGCAUCAAGGAAGCCGAUUGCUUGCUGUGUGACCAGUUGGCAGAUGCUGGCCGUGUGUUGGGGGAUGAGACAGAUGUUCUGGUAUCUCAGUUAUAUGACAGUGAUGCAGAAACUAUCCGUGCCAAGUAUAUCAAGGAGUAUGUCGACAAGGCAUUAGCGCUCAUCCAAGCGGCUCAAAAGGUGUCAUUGCCAGAAGAACAUGCAAAGUGGUUUGAGAUGUGUUCCAAAAAGUUACAAGAGAUCGCAACAAAGAAAGAUUAAUGUUAUUCUCUGCCCUCAUUUAUCUUCCUUUUCCCGUGUGUACAUACUCCAAAAAUUAUCUGUAGUACUACUAUGUAAUCUUCCAUCAUUCCCCCUCUUUCUUGUACUGAUCGCUCAUACACUUUCUUCAACCCAUUUUAUUUUUGUCAGAAGCAAAUAGAAUACCUGUGA